AUGCUUCCUGACCCCAUCAACCUCAAGCAAUGGGUGGAGGAGAACAAGCACCUUCUCCAGCCUCCCGUCAACAACUACUGUCUUCACCGAGGGGGGUCGACGGUGAUGAUUGUCGGUGGACCCAACGCCCGCACCGAUUACCACAUCAAUCAGACUCCCGAGUACUUCCACCAGCUUAAGGGGUCAAUGUGUCUCAAGGUGGUUGAUGACGGUAAGUUCCGUGACAUCAUUAUCAACGAAGGCGACUCGUUUUUGCUUCCUGGCAAUACUCCCCAUAAUCCGGUGAGAUUUGCCGAUACUGUGGGGUUGGUGGUGGAGCAGGAUCGUCCGGAGGGGGUCAACGAUCGUAUCCGGUGGUACUGUCGUAACUGCCAAGAGGUGAUCCACGAAAAGGAGUUCUAUUGCAGUGACUUAGGCACUCAGGUGAAGGACGCGAUCUUGGCGUUUGACGGCGACGACGAUGCUCGUACCUGUGGCAAAUGUGGCACCUACAACUACAGCCGGCCUCAGGACGAUUAG